UCUUCAUAUUAGUUCCCACGCACUCUCCUUCCCUGCGCCGUGCUGAGCUGGAAAAUGGCUGUGUAGGGGAGCAGGGAGUCAUGAACGGGAGAAGAAAGAAAGAGCGAGAGAAAGAAGGCGAAGCAGUAUAAGUGAACACAUGGUUUGCUAGAAGUUAAAUGCACCUCGAGAAGACGUCGUCCGCGGAUACGGCGCUACGCGGACUCUGCCUGCCACAGUGAAAUGUUAAAGCGCCGCAGCCAAAAGUGAGAAGAGUCAAGAAAUAUCCGCGGGUCGGUCAUAAUCCCUGUCCAGAACAUGUGGGAGCCUGAGAGAACCGAAGAGGAUUAAGGACCUUCCCACUCUGCCUCUCAUCCUCCAAUCACACCACUUCAUUUGACCGUGGGGAGCCAACGACGCUGGGCCCUCGACUGGCAAAAUCUUUUACCAGACUGCUACAGUAGCACCCAGCCAGCAGGUUUCUCGCUGCUUGAAAGAGCAUGUUGCCAACGCUGUCCCUCUGCUCCAUCAUCUGGCUCAACCGGGGUAUUAAGCUGAGGAAAGUGCACCAAUCCACCAACACUGGUCAGGUCUGAAGCAGCUGCCACCGCAGACAUAACAGCAGCAGAACGUGACCUUAUCGACUUUUCAAAAUGCUUCUAAGCUUCGGGUGACUGCCUUCCUCCCCUUGUUCCCCUGACCCCUGAGCCACCGUACCAACACCAGACUUUAGUGACUCAACAGACUUUUGGUUUCUGAGGAGGAUUUCUGAACAGCCGAAUCCUGUUGUUGCAGUGGGACUCGAGCUGCAACAUCUGAGUCUCUGUUCGGUGGCCAUUUUGAUUUUUGCUUCACUUACAAAAUGGCGACGGAAGGUUUUCAGUACCUCGCCCUCUACACAUUUACCAAGGACCAGGAAGAAGACUUAGACCUGCAGCCUGGAGACCUUCUGACAGUCAGCAAGGCCUCUCUGCUGUCCAUGGAGAACUACCAGGAGGGUUGUGCAGAGCAUCCCGAGCGCCUCGGCUGGCUCCUCGGCUACAACGAGCGCACCAAACAGAGAGGUGACUUCCCAGGGACGUACGUCGAGUACGUGGGCGCUGUCAAGAUGGCACUCCCGUCAAGUCAGCCAAGGUCCCAGCGACCCCUUCCUGCUGCUCCUCGACCAGAGUUGUCUCAAGCUGUUUCUGUGCCGGACCUGAGCGAGCAGUUCACACCGCCGGAGACGGCUCCCCCAGCCCUCGUCAGCCUGAUCCAAGCCAUAGAGAAAAGAGGUCUCGACUCCAAGACCUUGUACAGGACAGCUGAUUCCUCAGGUUCAGAAAGCCCAGUGUACACCCUGUGCUCAGAGAGUGAUCAGAAAGAUGUGGGUCCCCUAUCUGAGUGUGUCCUACGCUACCUGAGAGACCUCCCGUCACCCGUCAUCCCUGCCUGUAUUUACCCUCACCUUCAAACGGCUGUCACACUGCAGCAGCAGGUCAUACAGCAGUCAGCAGAUGGCGCAGUCGCUGGAAGCUAUGACAGAGAGGUGAGCCUGGUCCUGGAAAGCUCCACCACCGUCCCUCUUCAUCACCGUCUCACCCUGCAGUUCCUCCUGACACACCUCUCCAAGGUCACCCAGGCACAGGCCAGCAACGGCCUGGACACACACACGUUGGGACAAAUAUUUGGACCGUUGCUGAUACGGACAGGCCCGUCGACCUUGUGGUUGCCUAUGGAUGAGGAGUUCCCUGCUCUUGUGGUGGAGAGGCUGCUGAUAGAAAGAACUAUAGAGCAAGACCUCACCCCUCCAGUUCUUCCAGCAAAGCCAGUUAAGUCAAAAAUGGCACCAACAGCCAUGACAGACACGAGCGGCCUGCUGAACGAUGCUGAGUGGUACUGGGGAGAAAUCUCCAGAGAGGAGGUUAAUGAGAAGCUGCGAGACACACCAGAUGGCACCUUUCUGGUCCGAGAUGCCUCCAGUAAGCUGGAGGGCGAGUACACUCUCACCCUCAGGAAAGGAGGGAACAACAAGCUAAUAAAGAUUUACCACCGAGAUGGAAGGUACGGCUUCUCUGAGCCUCUUACCUUCCUGACUGUAGUAGAGCUCAUCCAUCACUACCGCCACGAGUCUCUGGCCCAGUACAAUGCCAAACUGGACACCAAGCUUCUGUACCCUGUUUCCAAAUACCAACAGCUGGUGAAGGAGAACAGUAUAGAGGAAGUGGGAGAGCAGCUGAAGGUAUAUCAUGAGCAGUACCAGGAGAAGAGCCGAGAGUACGACUCCCUGUAUGAGGAGUACACACGCACCUCACAGGAGCUGCAGAUGAAACGCACAGCCAUCGAGGCCUUCAAUGAGACCAUCAAGAUCUUUGAGGAGCAGUGUGAGACUCAGGAGCGCUACAGCAGAGAGUCUCUGGAACGAUUCCAACGGGAGGGCAACGAGAAAGAGAUUCAAAAGAUCCAGAGCAACUCGGAGCGUUUGAAGUCUCGUGUGAAGGAGAUUCACGACAGCAAGCGUAAGCUGGAGCAGGACCUGAGAGAGCAGGUCACUGACAACAGGGAGAUCGACAAGAAGAUGAACAGCCUCAAGCCGGAUCUCAUGCAGCUCCGCAAAAUCAGAGACCAGUACUUGAUAUGGCUGACACAGAAGGGGACGAGACAGAAGAAGAUUAACGAAUGGCUGGGCAUAAAGAAUGACGCUGAUGACUCCUACUCAUUAGAAGAGGACGAAGGCUCGCCCCACCAUGAUGAGUGUACCUGGUAUGUGGGUGACAUCAAACGCACCCAGGCUGAAGAAAUGCUGAGAGGCAAAUGUGACGGGACCUUCCUCAUCCGUGAGAGCCAAUCACAGAAAGGCUCGUACGCCUGCUCUGUGGUUGUGGAGGGUGAUACCAAGCACUGCGUCAUCUACAAGACAGCCACAGGUUAUGGAUUCGCCGAGCCCUACAAUCUGUACUCAUCCCUCAAAGACCUGGUGCUCCACUACAAAAACGUCUCCUUGGUCCAACACAACGACCAGCUGAAUGUAAACCUGGCAUACCCAGUCCUGGCCCGCUCUCAGAACCAGAACCAGCACCCCAGAUGAAUCAUCCACCAGCAGUGUCAGACGCCAACCAGGGUGGGGAAACAAAAAUUGUACUUAUACUUAUUCGGGAAAGAAUGAACCUCUGAACAAUGCUUCUUCUUGUUUAAGUGGUGGUAAAAAAAUAGACUCAAGAGCCACAUUGUAAAAUCCAUAGGUUUUUUUUGGCUGGAGACUGGUGCUAAUUCCCUACACAGACCCCAGUCCAACAAAGAGCACUCCUUGCUAACAGCAUAGCUUCAAAAUAAGCACACUAUUACCAGUAAUGAAGCACUGUACAGUUAGCCUGGCUGAUGUGGUGAGUUUUACCUCAGCCAGCCAUGACUCUACAGUGUCAGUUAUGGAAAAAAUAAAAGCGUGAAAUUCACAAAGAAAAUACCUUUGAUACAGAGAAAAACUAAAAGAAGACAAAAUAAGCACACAAAAAACUUUUGUUUUUCAAGAUCAUGGAAAAGAGGAGAGAAACCAGAUGGAUGGCUGAUGGGAAAAUUUACAGGAGGCGCUUCUGUUUUUGUUUUGCCUUGAACACGUGAUAACUGUCCAUAGACAAAGGCCUGAACUGUCAUCUCCCAGACUGCCUGCGAACUCUCCAUCGACAAAAGCCUGAGUUGUCAUCCACCGCAAGGACUGGCUUGGCUGAACCAGGCUGCUCGCUUCACACCUAAAGGCGGCUGAGAAAAAAAUGUGGAUUGGGGGGGAUGUAGUCACUGGGGCUGAGAGGGGAGGGGAGGAUGUGGGAGGGAAGGGGAGAGAAAUUGCUGGGGGUUGAUGCUUUUUAGCAGUCGAUCGAAUUUAAAGCUUGCAUAAGUGCCAUAGUAAUAGCUUUGAAUGACCACAAGCCUGUGUCAUGAGAACAAGGAGACACGUUGAAAGAAGGAUGGAGAGAGCGAGCGGCCAUCGACAUAGACGAAGCUACAGCUUUAAAAGAUACACACAUAUAGGUAUAUUUUUUAUGAGAUGAUCUUUAUUUCCAGCUGCUUUGGCUUGUCGCUCUCUCUCUGUGGGCCUCCUUUUGAAUCGACGAGGUACAACUUACAGUAAAAUGAAAACUGUAUUACAGGAUAGCAAACACGUGGUACAUAUUUGGUGUAUUGUGAGUAUAGAAUGACUUCUUAAUCACAUUGCGCUAAAUGGACAGGUACAUUGAUAAAUGCAGUUCCACAUUAUUCAGGUUUCCCUGUAAAUGGAAAUAGUGGAAAGAAUCCUGCAUCAUACGUCUCUUUGUUUCACUUCUUCCUUCUUCGUUCAUCCUCUUUAAUACUGUAGCACCUGUAGCCAUUGACUAAUGGCAUAACUGUUAGUGCUCCUCUUACGUGUCUUCUUUCUAUACGCUUAAGACACUCGCAGAGCAUUGAUCUAUGUGAUUAUUGUAUCCUCGGUACUGUAUUUGCCUCGUCUCUAGUUAGAUUAGACUGUUUUAGCGGUACAAUGUCUUUGCAGAUGUUUAUUGUUGUUUUUUCGAUUCAGAUUUACUCACGGUACUUCCUGCUUACCGCCCUCGCGCUCGACUGUUUGUUUCAUCACAAGCUUGACUCACAGAGCUGUAGAACAUUGAUGUACAAAAAAAAAAAGAAAGAAAGAAAGCAGUAAUAUAACUCGUGUACAGUAUAUUUCAGACACACAUGCAGUCAUUGUAUGUGACCUUAUACAGUUUCAUGGCUGUGUUUUCUUUAUGUUUUCAGAAUAUUUGCUAUGCUCUUAGAUUCUGUUUAAGGAUGCACAGUAUCCAGCUAAUGUGAGCCAAAUGAAGGAUGUCUUUUCAUGUAGCAAGAAAGAAAAGAAAAAAAAAAGAACCAGUCCUUUUUGCCAUAAAGCGUGGCCUCUGUGGUCUGAGAGAUUAUCUAGUACAGUAUGCAUGGAGUCCUUCAUUUGGGUUGUUGUUUUUCAUUUUAUACUUGGCACCAGUUGUACUUUUUGCAGUGCAUUUACAGUAUGAUGUGUGGUAGUACAGUACUAUGCACAACACAGUCGUAUGUGGAUAAGAAUAAGUUUAAGAUUUACAGUUCUCGUAUCAGUUCCCUCCCUCUGUUCUGUGCUGUGGCAGUGAAUGUCUCCUUGUUUUUCCCUCGUGUUCAUUCGGCAUGAGGUAAAGAUUGUACCAUCUUUGUUCUAUGUCACUUAAAAAGCACAGUUCAUUUUUCUGAAGGGAGGGUUAUUCAGUUAUACUCGCGUGGUGGUCGAUGAAAAAGAAGAGAGUCGUCACAUGAUGCCUCAUUUAAAUUUGAUUUACAUGAUUGAUUUUUUUAGGAUGAAUGAAUAUGAAUAACCUCUCAAAAUUCUUGCAUAUACAGGACUCAGAUUGCCAAAAAAGAAAAAGUAUUUUUGUAGAGAGGCAGUCAAACAUUAUUGGCAGUUGGAAGUUUUAGAAAAAAAAAAGAUGCGCUGCUUUUAAAGGUUGCAUAUUUUUGUUGAGGAGGGAGAGAAAAUUAGUAAAAAAUACAGAUUUACUCCACAUUCAGAUAUUGAUGAGAGUUGAUUAUUUUCAUAGCAGUUCAUAUCAAAUUUAUGUUUAAAUCUUCCAACAAUGGUUUCGGCAUUUCUGUUUAUGAAAUGUUGAUCGACAAAUUUCAGGUAGCAACAUUUCAUCCAAACAGACCGAUCCCACUCUUACGUGAAACUCAGCUCAACCUGAAUAGAAACCUAAAAAUCGAGACAUCAGUUUGAUUUCAGUCAGGACGAAUCAACUGUACUGUACUUUGCACAGUUCUUGGCAAUUAGAAAAUCCCAAGAAUUAAACUAGAGGUGAUGGCGGUGCUUGUGAUCAGAGGGCUAUAUAAACGUGAGUGAGAACGAUUAGAAGUGCCUUUAGUCAUUGUGAUGAGCUCGUCUUCUCCUCCUCGUCAGUGGAGCGCUGCUCUACAAGACGGUGCCACCACCACCAUACGCUGUGCCCCAUCGUUCACACAUUUACCAUUUAUCGAAGACUAAAAGGGUAUCUGGCAAAUGAGCAUAGUUGUGUGUGAUUGUGUGUGUCUGUGUGUGUGUGUGUGUGUGUGUGUGUGUGUGUGUGUGUGUGUGUGUUAGAGCAAGUCUGAGCAUGUUCUAGAUAAAAGAGUGUCAGAUUUUAGUUGUGCCUCUUUGUUGUUACAUCUAUAGUUGUUACAUAUUCCUUCUUUCUAUGGUGGGGGCUGUACAGUAGCUUGGUGCUUUCUUUCACUGUGCACCAAAGCUAGAUUUCUUUGGUGUCUUUUUCAUUUUCUUUUUUUUUUUUUUUGAUUUGUCUGGUAUAUUUUUGAAUAAAACUCAGAUAAGAUAGAAAUGUGAACCGUACACAUCCCAGCCCAGUUGUUUGAAGCUCAUUUGAUAAGCUCUCAAGUUAAUGCAUGCAGCAUUUCUUCAGUGUUUUGUAUUAAGAGUCAGUUCCUUUGUCAACGGGCAAUCUGGUUGCGUCAUCCACCACUGCUGACACAUCCUUUUAUCAUCCAGUUUGUUGGACCAACACUUUUGUGACUGCACUUUUUUUCUGUUCCACACACUCUGAGUAGUGUGUUUAACGCCCAACAACCAUUCAACUCACAGACAGUGGUGAAGCUCAGUUGUCAAUAGUGUUUUUACUUGAUAAGGUUUAAGGUCUUUCCAUACAGUAUAUCGGGAAUGAUUGAUGAUUUUCUUUAUGAUAUAGUAUACAGUGUACAGUAUAUGCUUUUUGUUGUUUUUGCAGUCAACAACUGUCAUGUAAUUUUGAUGCUUUUGACUGAUUGUGUUCAUGAUAGAGUUAGUUUUAGUAUGUGGUCUGAUUAAACUCUGUAUUACUUAUCAAAACAACUUUAAGGAGAGCUGCUCGCUCAUUAUGCAAUUUGUGCCCACACAGCGAAACUGUCCAACUUAACAAGAUGGAUAUCGUUCAUUCAUUUAAAGGGUUGGACCACCCCAAUUACAGAAAGAUAUAUUUUUUUACUUAUUCCCAGUGGUAUCCAUUCAUACAGAUAUAUUCCGGAAGAAGUAGACCCUAAGAGAAGUGUUCACCGUGAGGUCUGUAGAUUAUCCAGAGUCACCGGAUUUCAAAUGUAAUUUUCUUCAGUGUCAUUAGCAGUACAAACAAAAUUCUGUUGACCUCCAUUUUACUCGUGAGGGGACAGAGAUUUCAAAUGUGGCUAUAUUUGGCUAUACCUGGAGCUUACCAGGUUAAAGGCUCAGCACAUUCGAGUGAAACUAAAUGCAUAACUGGAUACUACUAAGUGAAAGUGAAAACUUGCAUCUCGGGUUUUUUGGGGCGGAAUUUGCGGAAUCCAACCACACACAAACAUCAUGCCAAUGGAGCGACUUAAUCCCAAAAGCAUUCUGCUUCCAUUUGAGCGGUUUGCUUAAAGAAAAAUAGAAAUGUUAAACUCAAUAUCGUCCUGCAUCACUUGUUAAGAUGAACAUUUUUGCAGUGUAGACAAACAGUUUCAUCUGCCAUAAAUGCCAUGUUAAUCACAGAUGGUUAAUAGCUAGAAGCAAUGCAACUUUAGUAGCAAUGAAACCAGUGAGAAAUGGGCAGAAGAUGAAGAUUUUAUUGCGCUUUGACUUAGAGUCAAGACUUUAAUCCCAGUUUUGGUAUAUUUACUCUGAAACUCAAAGCUUUCAUCCUGCUCAUUAGUUAGAUACGCAUCUGUGUCGGAGCUUCUUGAAAAGCAUUUUUUUCCAUACGACGAAUGAUCAUUUGAGGAAUUAAAUAUUUUUUCAUCGGCUUUGGUAUACUGUAAACCAUAUUUGUUGAACUGGCCUCACACACAAAGCACAUCUUUCGCUGACUACAAAGAAAGACAUAUAUUUGGUGUCUGUUAAGGUUUGAAGAAUGAGAGACAUACUAGAGAAUAAUAUUUUGAAAUAUAUACUUAGAUUUCUAUAUUUUUGGAUGAUGUAAUUCUGAUUUGGACUGUGCUUGAAACAAAUCAGAAGGAGGCUUCGAUGUGAACACGAUGUUUAGACUUGCUCCACGGCUGCUUUUGUAUCCGGGCAGUUAUUGAAACGCAAGCAUUUUAUUUUGUUUGUUACUAAUCAGCUGCAGUGAGCUUCAUCAUGAUCAGCAGCGAACUUUGUGGUCACGGUUGAUCAACAUAAUCUAUUACGCAUGAUUAUCAGGUGCAUUCAGAGGAUGAAGCAAGCUUAUGUACAUGUGUUAAUAUUUACAGAGCUGAGUCUAUAUGUUAAAUGCAGUCUUGGCUGCUUUGCAUUUAUUAAAUAUUAGAGAGGAGUUGUUUCUUUUUUUUUUUGAUUGAACUUGAGAAUCUGUUUUGUUAUUUGGAAGAUUCUGGGUUUUUUGAGUAGACUUGAGUGUUAAAGUUGCACCACAAAAGAUACACUUAGGAUGCGGGUGCAGAGAUCCACCACUGGCGCUGCAUCUUCCCGCUGCGUCGUCCUUUGGUUGAUCUCUGCGGAUGCUGAAGGGUUUUUUGUUUGGUUUUUUCUGGCCUGGACUUACACACAAACAGGCAGAAUUAAAAAGGUACAAGAUUCGACGGUUCAUGAUCACUCCUUUGUACACGGAACAAUGAUGGCAUUAGAAAGUGUUCUUUUAUGGUGUCUGAGUGUGUUUUUUUUUUUGUUUGUUUUUUUGUUUUGUUUUUUAUUUGGCUUUUUAAAAAAGCUGAUAGAUUUGUCUGUCCAGUGUUGGUUAUUUUUUGUUUGUUUGUUUAUAUCUGUUAAUGAUAACUUUACAGAGCCUAUAAAAAAAAAAAAUAAGCUAGCUUGAAAAUUUUUUCCUCAAUACAGAAAAAAAAAGAAAUACAAAUGUUUACAAUAUGUAAUUAACCAAAUAGUAAAUGCGUUUGAAAAUCAAUCUGUCUGUCCCUCAAAGUGGCUGUGAUAGAUUGAUUUAUAUUUCAUUAUUUCCUGUCAUUUUAAACUUGAAAAUGUUAUGACUGCUUGUUCUGUUUUUCUCUGUUCCGGUUCGUUCCUUUUGUUUUUUAAACUUAGAAGAACAGUGCUCCCUCACUUUCAAAAGAAUAACUCAACAGGAUAGUUCAACAGGAUGAAUUGUUCCAUGGUACUCAUCAGUCUUUGUCAUUCUCUACCUGCUGACUACUUCACCUUACACUGAGCCUUGUAUAUGCAGGACUGAAUCCUAACUUGAGACGCUGUUGCAUCUUUUGCUGUUUAUUUUAUGUACAGUACAGUAGAUUUCUGGUGUUUCUCAGUUCAAAGAAUUUAUGGAGUAUGAUACCCACAAGUUGUGAAUAACGGUCAAAACAUGCCACUUGGUGAACAUGCUUGAGUACAGUUUUAGUACAUACACAAAGUUGGAAAUUCAGGAAUAACUAUCAAGAGGCAUCCUGUUCUUGAUUUUGCACUACAGAGCAAAUUAUACUCAAAUGGAAAGCUGAAUCAGUUGGUUGACUAAUUUUUAAGACCAAAAUAUAUCCACUAGUCUCAGCUGGUGUGUGAUUUCCAUUUACAUAUGAUGACAUUAACAGCUGCACUUUCAUUUCCCUUUAUUCUGCCUGUAUCCGAUCUCCUCACAUCAUUACUUCUCAGCGAAAGGUUGCCAUUUGUGUGAUUAUUCUGAUGGCAAUGUUGUAGUAUUUUUCACUGGUGUACAGUAGUUCAUAUUCAAGACCCAACUGCACGUUGGAGACCAGACUGGCAGCGAUCCAUUUGGCAACAUACAGGACAAUAUUACAGAGCAGCAACAAUUCAAAACAUGUAUUUUUACACUAAUAACAAGGCGGCGUCCUGUCUCCGUAGCUCUAACAUGUUGCCCGACAAGUUGCCUCAUGUAUCGCUGCCUCAGCAGCAGCAACAGGUUCUUAAUGCAUAGCAAAGAAUGAUGUGGUUUUCUCUUUCUUUCAAAAACGAUGAAUGGAAAUGCAUGGGGCAGUCAGAUAAAGCUACUCUACACCAAAGUGCAAUUGAACUCAGAGGGAGCACUGUUGUUUCAGCCAGUAGAGGCCUAUUGGUUGAGAUGUGCCCAACCCCCUAUGCACGAAAAAGACGGUUACUCUUCUUCUCUUGUGUUAUAUCCUCCCUCCGUUGGUCUGUCUUGAUUCAGAUACGACAUUUCUUUCUUUCUCUCUCGUGUACAGCUUGCUUCAGAGUUGUGUUUGUCCUCAGACAGGUACUCUUUCAUCUGUACGGUUCUUUCUUUAGGCUGAUGCAAUGAUUUUAAAAAGACAAUAAAAGAUAUAUGAAAUGAA